AUGUCCACCAGCACACUUUCUGCAGCUUCGAAACUCCCCCUCCACAUAUGGGUUCGUGCUCCAGACCUGUCCCCGAACUCCGUCAUUCAGGGAGACGUGCGCGUCAAGGCCGAAACGCAAUGUCCGGAGAUUGAAAACAUCCACAUCGGGCUACGCUACAAAGAGUGUUCGUUUGCUAAGUCACUGCGCGAUGGUGCCGUCCUUCCAGAGAACAACGAGCCAGAUAUGCUCGCCUUCAUCGCUUCCGUUCCCAGGACACCGUGGAAACUCCCCAUGAUGCAAGGUGAUCCGACCGAGUACAUAAAAAGCUUCGAGGACAAGUCGCUGUGGCAAGUUCGUGAGGAAGAGAGGAAAGCUUUUGAGGUCAAGUACCCUUUGACAGAUAUCUCCAAGUCUGAUAUCAUCGUUUCGAAAGUGAACGCGGAUUCAAAGAGAGACAUAGUACAGAAAUUUGCACUGAUGAUCCCCAACUCAAAUUAUCCGCCUGCUCCUGACCCGACGUGCCAACGUGUCGACUACGACCGAGGCGAAGAAGGCACCAAACGAGUCAUCAGGGAGCUUGUGAAUGUCGAGUCUCUCUACGAGUACUUCGCUGAAGUCCACUUCAAAGGCGAAGAGACGACCGAAGUUCCGGUCGGCUACACUGCCUUCCAACCAGAGACUCGUAAGCAACAGGAGAACGCCACUGCUGAGAAAAUCAGCGUACCCCUCAAGCUAGAGAACAUCCAAGCCGGAGAACCGGAUCCGGCCGUCAGCAAGUACUCAGUGGAUCUCAUAUAUCCCUUGGGUUCCUCGCUCACUGCAGGCGAAACAAGUGACGUUCAGGUCGUCGUGCACAGGACCGGAGUAGCGUCGGCAGAGCCCAUCGAGGUCUCUUUUACCUUGACCUGUUCCCCCAAAUACAAAGUUGCCUGGGCCUCAAAGUACAUCAAAGAUCCAGGCGCGCGCCCCACACACCUCUAUUCCCAGCAACUCGACGCCACCCUCGUAAAAACUAAUCCCCUCCUCGAGGCAUGCGCUCCUGAUGCAAGCGCCACCGGCCGCGCGACAAUCCCCGCGUCCUCCCCCGAGGACCUCGCGGCGGGCUCCGUUGUCAGCACAUCCUCUGCACCAGUGACAGUGGCGCUCAAGCUGAACGAGCGUACCCUCACUGACUUCGAGACGCACUAUGCCACCUAUGGGAGCGAGCUCAAGGUCAAGAUCAACGUCCCGCGCGGCCCGGCGGAGGCGUACGAGUCGUCGAACAUGCACAACUUCUUCCUUAGGAAGCUCGACUUGCCCACGGCGGGUCCGGACGAGUAUGACUGGGUGCCUUGGGAGCGGACGCCCGAGCCGACGGCGCCGCGGGGGUUGCACAUCUUCGAGGGGUCGACGCGUAUUGCGGUUCUUCCCCGUGCUCCGCCGAAGACAGAGGAUACUGGCACGGCGCCGGUGCAUUACCUCUCGCCUAAUGCAAAGACGCCAAUCUUUAUCAAUCCGGCAGAUGUCGACGCCGUUCUCGCAAAGACGCCUGCGGAGAGGGAUACCAUGGCCCCAGUGGCUAACGCCCGUCUGCGCGAGGUACUAGAGGAAGACGUGCUCGUCCACAGGUACAUGUCUGAUAAACCAGCCAACGACAUCUAUGUUGGGAAGACUUGGAAGAUGAAGGUGGUGGAUAAGGAGAAGGCACCCGAGAAGGAGAAGGCGCCCAGUGCUCUAGAUGCUCUGGAUUGGAUGAGUGAUCAUCGGCGCAAGGCUUUGAAAAAUCUUGAGGCGCUCAAGGCUUAG